AAGAAAUCAUUCAAAGUUUCACGAGGAUGUAUAAUAAAAUUACUGGGAAACAUCUGUACUAAUUUUGUUAUUCAAGACUAAUUUUUAGUGAAUAUUUAUUGGCCGAAGAAAAUUCCUUUUCUCCUUGCUUAAUCCAACCAGAGCAAAAACCAUAUUUCUAGCCUACCGUUCAAAAUGGGCUACGAUGUACACAGAUUCAUAGGAGGAGUAGAUGAAGAGUUAAUAUGCCCAAUAUGUUCUGGUGUUCUAGAGGAUCCGAUUCAGAUUGCAUCUUGUGAGCAUUCUUUUUGUCGUCAAUGUAUAACACAGUGGAUUACACGCCAGUCAACGUGCCCAAUUGAUCGAAGUACAAUUGAAACAACACAUAUACGUGAAGUACCAAGAAUUUUUAAGACCUUAUUGUCAAGAUUGAGAUUAUCGUGUACAAAUGUCGCCGAAGGGUGUACAGUUAUCUUGAAACUAGAAGAUCUUGGUGCGCAUAGAAGCCAAUGUGAAUAUAAUCCUAAUGUGCUAUUGACAUGUGAGAAGGGCUGUGGGAUGUUUAUACCAAAAGAUCAAAUGAAAGAUCACAAUUGUAUACGUGAGCUAUCUAAAGCAAGCAAAUCACUUAAACGUAAAAUCUUUGAUCUUGAAGCAAAUCUUCAGUACAGUAAGCAAACAAUCCUUGAAUUAAAAGCAGACUCGGAAUUAUUUAAACGUUUUAUCCGUACAACGAGCUUUUUAAAUCCUGAGGCACGUGCAAUUGCUAUUCAAAUUGAUGAAAAUGAGGUUGUACGUUGGAGUAGAUCAUUACACCAUGCAGAAGUUGCAAAUUGGUUGUCCAUUAUUUCGACGCCCAAUAGGGUUUUAAAGUCGAUGAUCAAAAAUUGUUUGUCUGAAAUGAAUUGCCCACCGCAUAUUUUAAACCGCUUGGCAACAAACUGUCACGAACGUCACUGGCCACGUGGAAUUUGUACACCGACAAUUCGCCGCUUUAAUAGACAAAUCUUUGACAGAUACGUGUGCAAGCAGAUACGUGAUGGGCCAUCUAUUUUGAUAUUAAGUUGUGAUAAUAACGAUAUAGAACAAGAUUUUAUGGUUGAACCCGGAUUCAUUAUGAUUUUUGCUGACGAUAUUAAUUAG